AUGAGCGUCGUCGCGACGGUGUCGACGCUCGCGUGGACCGCGUGUCCGAGCGCGUGGGCGGAAGAGAUCUCGCCGUACGCGGGGGUCGUGGACGUCACGGUGCUGUUGGCGCUGGCGUAUUUGGCAAAGUUGGGGAACGAUAAGAGCGCGCGCGCGUCCGAGGCGAAGACGAAGACGAGCCGCGCCGGGAAGAAGAAGUGA